AUGGGAGUACAAUUUAUACUGAAGGGAAUUUCUUAUCCAGGAACCCGAUACUUUGCUGACGAUCGUUCACACUACGAUCUGUUUGGUAAAAGAAGGCCUGGGGAUGAAGAGUUCAGAAAAGCUUGGCAGGAGGACGUAGAUGAAGAGGACUGUCUGUGGACAGGUAGUGAAGAUGAUGACAACGACGAAGAGAGUGAUACAAAACUGGAGAGGGAAAUUAAGAAAGUGAAGAGGCAAGCCAAGGAAAAUUCAAAUCUUAUUGAUGCUGAUGACAGUGACGAGUUAAGAAGUAUAUGCCCUGAGAGUGAUGAAGAUGAUAUGACUCUCUGGAGUGGCAGUGAAGACGAUGAUGACGAUGAUAUUCCCUCCGAAGCACAUCCUAGUGAACGCAGUGAUUCAUAUAUUGAUAAGGUGUUUGAAUUUGACGAGUCACCAAAGUACCGCACAAUCUCAGAGCUGUUGAAAGCAGAGAAUGAACCACCUGAGCUAUCUCCGGGAAAGCAAGCAAGAAAACUUGCCAUAGAAAAUGCUCUUAAGAAGUUGAAGAAAGGCCCUGAUGGACGCUACAUUAACGUAUUUGAUGUUGUUACUGAUAUAGAUAUCCUGAUUGGUGCAUUUGAGAACAUUGUUUCAGGACCAGAAUAUGCAGAGCUGCGGGAGGGUGGACCAAAAAAGCUCAAUAUACAGUUCUUUAAGGAUAUACAAGCACGCAUGAGGGACCCAAAUUUCAAGUUUUCUCCAGAGUUGAAGUUAAAGCCAAAGAGUAAAUUAGUGUCUAGGAAAAAGUGGCAGAAAGCCAAAGCUAGGAAGAGGAAAAAUGACAGACGUUGA